CACCAAAACAGGCAGAUACGGAAGUCGGCGCGCGCUUCUCGCUGUCGCUAACCAAAACAAACUGCUGAGUAGGUCGACUUUAAAAAGUAUCACAUCGCACACAGGGUGAAGAGAAAAAGCUGAUGUUUACUGGAACAUCUCAAUGGAUGUGAAACAGGAGAGCUGCGAUAUGGACACAAAUAUCAUGGAUAUUAAGGAGGAGGACUGUGAGUUGGAGUCCAUCUACCUUAAACAGGAAUGUCUGAGCAUCAAGGAGGAGAACCGUGAACUGCAGGCAGUGGGCAUUAAAGAAGAAGAUGAAGAGAGGUAUGUCAGUAUUCAGACACACAACCAUACAAAUCUGAACAGUGUAAAAGAAGACAACCUUCAUGAUGGGUGUCAAGAUGGAGGGAUGACCAGGUUGGACUCUUCUCAAAGCAGACACUGUUCAUCUCCAGAGGCUUCUGUCAUUGUGAAGACUGAAUCAUUACAGUCUAAACCAAAGAGGACUAAGAAAACUACAUCUGUUAGAGCUCAGGAAAAUCAACUACCAUCUACAAAGAAAUCUGGAAAAAGAAACAAAGAUCAGUGCAGUUUGGAAUGUGGAAAAGAAUUCUCUGGCAGGAGUGUCCUUCAGAUCCAUACUAGAGUUCACACCGGCGAGAAGCCAUAUUGCUGUAAAGAAUGUGGUAAAUGGUUUUCACGUAUAAACAAUCUGAAAAUCCACACUAUAGUUCACACCGGAGAGAAGCCCUUUUGCUGUAAUGAAUGUGGUAAACGGUUUUCAAAAAAGAUCAGUCUCCAGAGACACAUUAGAGUUCACACAGGAGAGAAACCGUAUUCCUGUAAUGAAUGUGGUAAACAGUUUUCAAAAAAGAUCAGUCUCCAGAGACACACUAGAGGUCACACAGGAGUGAAGCCAUAUUGCUGUACUGAAUGUGGUAAACAGUUUUCACGUAUAAACAGUCUUCAGAUACACACUAGAGUUCACACGGGAGAGAAACCAUAUUGUUGUAAUGAAUGUGGUAAACAAUUUUCAAGAAUGAGUAACCUUCGUAUUCACAAAAGAAUUCACACAGGUGAGAAGCUGUAUUGCUGUAAUGAAUGUGGUAAACGAUUUUCACAAAAGAUCAGUUUUCAGAGACACACUAGAGUGCACACCGGUGAGAAACCAUAUUGCUGUAAUGAAUGUGGUAAACAAUUUUCACAAAUAGGCCAUCUUCACAAACACAGUAGAGUUCACACAGGAGAGAAGCCAUAUUGCUGUAAUGAAUGUGGUAAACAGUUUUCAGAGAUGGGCAAUCUUCAGAGACACACUAGCAUUCACAACAGAUUAAAAAGGGUAGCAGUUCAAAAAUCAGUCCAGAAAAACAAGCACCCUUCAGGACUUGAGAGUGAGGUUCACUGCUGUCCUGAAAAUUAAGCAAACUAAACUAUUGUUGACAAAUUAAUCUCUGAGAGAAGCCAUAUUGCUGAUUGGAAUGUGGCAAACAAAUCGGUCAGAGGAGUUAUUUUCAGAGACACACCAGAAUUCACACCGGAGAGAAGCACAACUGAACUGCCCUGACUAAAGAGUAAGGUUCAGUCCUGCCUGGACAGUAAGCACAUGUAACUGACUGGAAUCCAUCCAACUUAGUGUUGUGUCAGAAACAAAUCAACACAGAGGAGAAUCAGAAGUUUAUAUCUCUUUUCCUUUUCCAGAAACAAAAUCAAGAACAGGGCAUCCUACACACUGUUUUUCACCAAAGCCCCUACAGCCUCCACCAUGUGCCUAGCUCUGCUUUCAUAAUGUACAUAUUACAUAUAGAACUAUUUACAGUAUAUUAUGCACAUUUCAUCAGAAAAGAACUCUUUACAAUAUACAUAACCUCACAUAAUAAUUCAUAGUUCAGCUAUACAUCUAUAAAUAUUUUUCUAUUUUUGUAUAACAAAAAAUAACACAUACCUUUCCAAAAACUAACUGUAGCACCCCUCAGCUCUUACUGAGGGUUCUUACCUGAGUUGUUCCUUUUCUUCUUUUUUCCUUCUUUACUAACUUUAAAUAUAACUUUUUACCUUAGCGUUCUCAGCACAACUCUUUUCAAGGAACAACCAUUUGUUACUAAUGUAAUUUACAUAACUCUACCAUCAAUUGCACAAUUCGUUACUAGACCCCACAUAAGGAUUCUAUGGCCACCUGACAAAUGUGAUUUCCCUUUUUUUUUUCUUUAUAUGGAUUAGCCAGCCUUUAUAAAACAAACACCCAAGUUGAAUGGUUUAGUUUAAAUAAAUGAACCAUUUACAUGUAUACAUACCACAUCCAUACAAAAGUAUAAUCUUAAAUAAUCCAAGAAACCUAUAUCAUUGUUGAACCAGCAGUCCUCUCUUUGAAUGCAAAAAAUAUCAAUAAACAAAUACCAUUCCCUUCUAAAACUUAAGCCGGCAAACUAAAUAAAAGGAACCAAACAAACGUCAGGUAAAAGGUACCACAGAUGAGCGUUGCAGGCCUGUUACUUGAAGGUGAUUGUGACGUUACUCGACGACGGCCUCUUAUGCUGUAAUAAAGCAGACGGGUGUCGUUUUUUGGUUUCCAGCAGAUGUGCGUCCCCUUUCGUUUCUUUCCUAGCGAGUAUCAGUUCUCAGCAAUAGUUGGUCAGCUGUAACAAUAUCUGAUAUCGGCAGUAUAAUCCAAUGUCUGCUGAUGUCUUCCAUGUUCAGUGUUUCAUGGGCAGUGCUCCCUAGCUCACCAGUUUGGCUUUCUCGACCAGUCCAUCCAACCACCAACACGUUUUUGUUUUUUUUUUUCUGUCCCGACUGUUAAUUCCGUGCUAGAAUCCGGUCUUCUUUUUUUUUUUUUCUCUCUCUUUUUAAACUCCUCACUGAUGUUUACCAUGGAUUGCAUUUCAAUCCUCACUUUCAUUGCAAAAGCCCAGUUCUCUCCUUUCUUGUGCCGCCCCUCCUUUUAUCGUCUCUCUUCUGACCCCUGCCAUUCCCUACUUUCCAAAACAAUAAAAUAAUUUAACAUAAAUACCAGCAUUUACUGUUUACAUUUAAAACCUUAGAAAUAUAAUUACAUAACUUUUUAGCAACCAUGCACAAUAAAUUUAACUGCAUUAAUUAAAUUUAUAUUACACCAUUGCUAUUAUCACCUCAUAACUUGCAUUUUAAAGGGCUACAUAACAAAAAAAAACAGGGUGCCAUACAAACAGCUUCUCGCAAAUUCUUAUUAAAUAAUAAAUCAAAUCAGUUACUAAUCAUUACAAACAAACUAUUAAUACAAUAUAAAUAAAAAUGUAAAAUAAAAAUGAAUAUCCAAAGUAUCCUUAUGUUCAUGUUUUACACCAGGCUGAAUUAUAUUAAAAUGCUGUGGCAGUGCACUACAAGAAGAAAUUCUCCUUUUUUAAAUUUGGUUGUGUUUUUGUUUGUUUGCUUUUGAUAAUAAAACAUACAAAGACUAUAUAUAAGAACUCAGUGGGGGGCACAUUUGUUAUUUAACACUUGAGAAUUACCAAAUAAUAUUCAUGUCAAAUCAAUAGAAUAAAAUUAGAAAAGGUUUGAAGAGAGCAGACUUACCUGUACAGCAUCCACCAUCACCUGAGGGUGCCUGCAGUCUGUGGGGAGUCGCAUUAAUUAGCAUUUGCACUACAAAAUACCAUUGGUAUGAAACUAAGGACACACAAACAGUUGCUUUUGGGGAAAUUCAUAACUGAAAGCUACAAACAAACAAAUUAAAAAUAAGAAUUUACUUUGCUACACAUACACACACCCAGAAAAUUUGGAGGAAUUAAUCUCGAGACGCCAUAUUGCUGUACUGGAUGUGGCCGACGAGUCUCACAAACCAGAAUCUUCAGGGCCACAAAAGAAUUCAGAUAGGGUGCCACCUUCAGAAGUGGGCUUAAUUGGAGAAGAUCUACACCAAGGACAUCAACCCUUUUGUCUUGGUGUACCACCCCAAAGAAUUUAAAUGUUCUGAAGUUUCCCCUUUUUAUGUUCGUGUUAAAUUGUUAAUUCUUGAACUAACUGGAAUUUUUUUUCCUACCCAGAAAAAUAUUCUUUCAGAGAGCUUUCAUAUGGUACUAGCAAUUGUAACCUGUCAAAGACGUGUUUUAGAAUGAAUUUCAAAAGGAUUUGAUAUGUUAUGACUGAUAAGACACUGAUAGUAUGUCACCAUGAGGAGGUCACUUCACCUGCUUGUGCUAAUAGUGAAUAAACAAAAGAAAUGUAAGCAAUUGUGUCUCACAUGUUGUAAGUCGCCUCGGCAUCAGUCUAAUAAUAAUAAUAAUUACAAGAAAGUUUAGUAAAAUAACGCCCUCGGCCAAAAGGGGUUUCCUGUUCCCGAGAGACUUUGAAUUCUGCUCUCUUGAUUUACUUACAGCGUGCUUUCUUGUUUGUUGGUGUAAAUUGUUUGUUGCUUUAAAUAAAUGAUAAAAU